CCGCAGUCCGGCCGUAGGCGAGGCUCUCGGGUGCCGCUGCCGGGGCCCGGGCCGAGACCCAGAGGAGGCCGGGGAGGGACUCGGCCGGCUCCGCCGCUCCGCCGCUCCGCCGCUCCGCCGCCGUUGGCGCACAAAGGCGCGGACCCCGGGCCCGGGGCGGGGAGAGCGGCCACCGCCCGGCGCGGCGCGGCGCGGCGCGGCUCGGAGACGCACGGCGCGCCCUAUGCCCCCGCGCCCCCGCCGCGGCAGCCCGAGCGCAGCGAGAGGUCGCGCCGCCGCGGGGCCCGGGUGCAGCCGCCGACGCCCGCCCGCAGCGCGCAGCCCGAGGUGAGCGGCGAGCGGCGAGCGGCGAGCGGCGAGCGGCGAGCGGGACGGCGGCGCGGCGUCCGCGGGCCCCCUCCUGCUGCCCGGCCCGGCCCGCUCAUGGCGGCCAUCCGCAAGAAGCUGGUGGUGGUGGGCGACGGCGCGUGCGGCAAGACGUGCCUGCUGAUCGUGUUCAGUAAGGACGAGUUCCCCGAGGUGUACGUGCCCACCGUCUUCGAGAACUAUGUGGCCGACAUCGAGGUGGACGGCAAGCAGGUGGAGCUGGCGCUCUGGGACACGGCGGGCCAGGAGGACUACGACCGCCUGCGGCCACUCUCCUACCCGGACACCGACGUGAUCCUCAUGUGCUUCUCCGUGGACAGCCCCGACUCGCUGGAGAACAUCCCCGAGAAGUGGGUGCCCGAGGUGAAGCACUUCUGCCCCAACGUGCCCAUCAUCCUGGUGGCCAACAAGAAAGACCUGCGCAGCGACGAGCACGUCCGCACGGAGCUGGCGCGCAUGAAGCAGGAACCGGUGCGCACGGAUGACGGCCGCGCCAUGGCCGUGCGCAUCCAAGCCUACGACUACCUCGAGUGCUCGGCCAAGACCAAGGAGGGCGUGCGCGAGGUCUUCGAGACGGCCACGCGCGCCGCGCUGCAGAAGCGCUACGGCUCCCAGAACGGCUGCAUCAACUGCUGCAAGGUGCUAUGAGGGCCGCGCCCGCCCCGCCUGCCCCUGCCCCCGCCGGCGCGGCGCCCCCUCCCGGGCCCG